GCACGUUGGCAAAGCAAUGACUGCUUUCUCGCUUGUGCGUUUUCUUCAGUUGCGACUAGCUGCUCGGCAUGGAUCCCGAGGGGAAGCCAAGCAAACGAUGUACUAGUGCUGGUUCCGGGAGCGUGGAGCAGUCUCCGAAAAAACCGAAGGGGACACCGACGGCUGGCGUGGGGGCUGGCGACACAUCGGGGUCUAAGGGCCACCGAACCCCGGUGCUGCGGGAUGCACCUUCUACGGGCACUCCUUCCGCCCAUGUUCGAGGUUCGGGACCGGAUUCGGCUGCGCUGUUGAGUGGUGGGGCUGCGGGUCGAGAAAAGGAGGCUACUGGUCGGCAGGGGAAAUCUGCGAUGGACGUUGUGCCGAGGCGUAAAAGGUCUGGUGACACGUCCGCUGCAGGUGUGGGAGACGAGGUGCCUCUCGUCGACCACAAAGACAAGUGCUGGAUGUUGGACUGGGUGGGUGGAAUAGGGGAACCCUCGGGUGGGCUGGUUUUGUACGUGGUGAUCAAAGAUAACAUUGUUCCGAUUGGCGGUGUGGUGAAGUGGAGUGGAGGAAAUUCACAGUUCGCCAUGUUGGAGUUGACGAUGGUCGUUAACGCUAGAGGUAAGCGGAUUGCGAAUGUCAAACGUGUUGCUCUUCGUUGGGCCAAACACGCUGGACAUGUGGUCGUAGGGCAUGAGCCGGUGGUGCAUGCUUCCGACCGCAUAUCUGAACCGAAAAGCGUGCUUUCGUCGUCUUUGGAGGCGGGUCCGUCGUCGAAACCGAUCAUUAUAGGUGCCCGCCCUCCGCCAUCAAUUCGGACUAUGGUUGCUGCAACACGAGUUCCGAAAUCAGGGCAGAUCGGGGAGAAAGGUCUGUGUCACGGCCAAAUCGUGCCGUCAGCCCCUGUGAAGCGUAGACCAACAUCAACCAAGGAACCCGUUUCCUUGGUCCGCCCGCCGCGCUAUGAGUUGGCCAUUCCUGCUGGGUCCCAUUAUUUUGGAGAUGACGACGAGGAGAACAACAAAGAAGAAUGGGAGCGCGAUGAAGAACGCGAAGAAUGUGAGGAGGGUGGCGAAAAAGAGGAAGUAGAGAGUGAACAAACAAUCAGCGAGAGGGGUGGGUCGGGCGAGUUGGAGGGUCGUCUAGGGGUUGAGUAUGAGGACAAAGGGCAAGAAGAGGAAAUGACCGGCGAGGGAAGGUAUGCAGAUGUGCAUCGGGGUUCCAAACGAACGCAGCUGCUCGCGCCGGGUCAUGGGCAUUGGGAAGCGGAUCCAGGGCGCGGGGAAAUGCACCGCGAAGUUGGGGUCGAGCCGGCGCAUGACGAUGCAGUACGACUAGUUGAGAAGAAAAGGAAGAUGAGGCAAGAGAGGAGAAGUGCUAUGGACAGUAAGAAAACCAAGCAGGGGAGGGUAGCCAAGCAAGAGGAGGGCAAACGCAAGUUGAAAAUGCUGGCAGUUGAGGAGGUCGUCCAACGUACGCGGGAGGCUGAGGAGGCCAUGAAGAAAAAACGGCAGCCUAGGAAAAAAGCAACGAAGGGAGGUGUGAUGGAAAAAACUUCCGUUUUUCCACCGGACCAGCCACAGUCGAAUGAAGACGCUGUGGGCAAGACAGUCACCAGACCGCCCGGUUUGCAGAUUCUGCCGCAUGAGAAUUCUAAUUCUUCUGGUCAUCUGAGCAAAGGCUUCUUCCUUGAGUUCGACGAGAAUGGUAACCAGAGGCCGGAAAUGCAGUUCAUUUAUGUCAAGUUGGACAAAAUUCUGGAUAUCCCUGAUGAGGAAUUCAGAUAUAAUCAACGCUUCCUCGAUCGGGAGCUUAUUGAUAACCUUUACAAAACAAUGGUUGAGCCGAGUGAGGCAGCUAUCAGAGAGAGAACGACCGGGGCAGCCGGGGUGAAUGUAUAUGCAUUGUACGAGAAGUCUGUCCUUCUGUUGAUUGGGCCACAUGAUACAAUGCAUACUGACGCUUCCUGUACGAAUGUGAGGGCGAGAAGAGUGACGCCCUGCGAAUUCGAUCUCCAAUCCGUGCGCAAGUACUACUGGCUGCAGCUGUUGAGAGACAUUCUCACGGGAAGUGUCGUACUGGCUCCAAGGCUAAAUAAAGCUUCUCACACUGCCGGACCAAGCGGCGGUGAGCAUGGCAAACCUACAGGACCAAGCGGCGGUGGUUCAACUGUCGAAGGGUCUCAGGGGCCUCAAGAAACAGAGCGCAAGGGAUCAGGAUCGAGUGGUGGUUCAACUGUCGAAGGGUCCCACGGUCGAGUCGAACACGACAGUGGCCUCACAUUGGAGCGUUCCCGGCUUGACCGAGCGAAGAGUCAUACGGUCGAGUCGAACUCGACAGUGGGAUCGAAAACGAUCGAUGGUGCGACUGGCAAGGCUUCGGGACCUCGAUUGGAAACAAUGGCCGGUGCGACUGGCAAGGCUUCGGGACCACAGGGGGGCAGUACAACUAUCGGCGGUGCUUCACCUGUCAAAGAGUUACGUGGUCAUGUCGAACACGACACUCGUCCAGCGGUCACUGUCGAGUCGAACCCGACAGUGGGAACGGGAUCAAUCGCCGGUACGAGUGGCAAGGCUUUGAGACCAAUCGACGUUGUUUCACCUGUCGAAGGGUCACACGGUCGAGCCGAACACGACAGGGGUCCACUAUUGGAGCGCUCCCAGCUUGACCGAGCGGAGAAACUCGUGGUUGAGUCCAACCCGACACAACAACGGGGAUCGAUUGCCGGUGUGAGUGCCAAAACUUCAGGACGAAAAGGCGGUGUGAGUUGCGAGGGCGUGAGUACAGCUGACCAAGUUUGGGCGACUACAAUACUAGUGGGCGACAGUGUCGCGAUGGAAGUGGAUAUUACUGGUACACUCACGGAAUUGCAGAUGCCGUCGUCAACGAUGAAGGCCGAAGUAAGAGGCACUUUCCAUGACACUUUUGAGGGCGUCAAGAAGGAAGAAACUCUCCAUGUAUAGGACAUCGAAGAGGAUGAAGGACAUAUAGUACUAAGUACACCGGAGCAGGCUGUACUUGUACAACCUCAACAAACGCUUGAACAACCU